GCGCAGGCGAGUCCGCGUCCGCUGGCUUAGGCGGCUGGUGGUAGGAACUCGGAGUUUUGCAGCAGAGUGUAUUUGAUGGGUACUAAUAACCUUCCUCCGUUGUUUUUGAGGAAGACUUAAGUAGUUGAUCUCCUUCUUCCCUUUUUCCUAUGUGGGCAUUCGGGUUACUUCUCAACCUGCUUACGGGUAUCACGACUCCUAUUGGGCUGGCCGGCAAAAAAAAAACAAGGGGGUUAAUGACACGUAUGUGGAAGGGAUCCGAGAUGAGCAUGGGAACGCAGAAGAUGACGUUCGCGGUUUUUGGUAUCGUUUUCUAUUUCUGGUCCAUGAUACAAAAGCACGGAGUUCUUCGGAAUCGUCACUUGGGGGUAUUGCUAUACCAUUCAUGGGGAUGCUGCGUUACUAGUCAUGUUCAUUGCUGUCGCGCAUUUCUUGUAGAAUAAGCAUUGCGAGGCGAAUACUUUGUACUGGGUGGAUGAGGCGCUCAAUGCGAGGUUUCUUACCGUCAAGUGCAUACUUUGUAGGAUAUUAUGAAUGGUGUUUCC